AUGUUCGAUGGCUGCCUCACGGAUUGCCUCGUCGAGAAGAUUGUGUUGUAAAUAUAGAUAUAUAUUUUACGUAGCGUUUGUAAUCCUUUGUAUUCAGUUUAUUAUAUACAAUUUCAACGUAAAGGAUGCGGAUAUUGCUCCGGGAGACAAGCCAGAAGAUGAUACCCUGGAGAGACCCGCAGACAGAGAAAUCAUAGAGGAGCCUUUAGGGGAAGAGAAAGAAGAAGCUAUAAAUGUGGAACAUGACAGAGAUGAUAGUCACCCUGCAGAGGUCCUCACAAGUGAGGAAUCCCAUAAUUUAUCUAAGGAAGAUCUCCAACACAAGAUACGGUUUCUCCAGGAUUUCAUCCCUCCUUGUACAAUAGAAAGCUCUCAGGCUCUUUCAGCCAUUAAGAGAGCCAAAACCAUAGAGUGUAAACAGGAGAUAGCUGACACGACCUGUGGGAUACAGGAGGGGGGCGUGUAUCCAGGCUCUCUGCCCAACACCUGCCACCUGAAAGGUAACCAUUCUAAGGGGCAUUACUAUGGCUGCUAUAAGGACGAUCCAGAGGAUCGAGACUUUUCUCAUCAAAAGACUUUACCCACUGAGAACUGGUCACAGCUCUGUAUAGACUACUGUCUACAGACAGGUUUCAGAUAUGCAGGCCUGCAGUAUGGAAGGGAAUGUUGGUGUGGGAAUUCUUUUGGUAAACAUGGAAUUGAAGGAGCUGCAUGUAACCAGCCCUGCCCCGCUAAAACCAGUGAAAUGUGUGGAGGAUAUCUCACCAGUAAUGUCUACAGUACAGGUAUACAAGAGAGACUGAGUAAUGGCCCAGGAGAUCUACAUUUUGAGGAGGAUAUCCAACCAAAGGUCAGGGUCAUGUUUGUAUUGACCUUGAGUGGUCGUCAGGUCAGACAAGUUAGAAGAUUACUCAAGGCCAUCUACCAUCAAGACCAUUUUUACCUUCUACACAUUGAUAUGAGACAAGAAUACCUGUAUCGAGAGUUGCUUCCCUUGGAGGAUAUGUUACCCAAUGUCUAUCUUGUUCGUAAGCGUUUUGCCACAAUCUGGGGUGGUGCCAAUCUUCUAGAUGCCCAUUUACACAUCAUGAAGGAGGCACUUGAUUCUUAUAAAAAGUGGGACUACUAUGUUAACCUGAGUGAAAGUGACUACCCAAUCAAAAGAUUGGAUGCCCUAAUUUCCUACUUGACAAAGUACAGAGGUUAUGUGUUCAUCAAAUCUCAUGGCAGGAAUACCUCUCUGUUUUUGAAGAAACAGGGCCUGGAUCAGACUUUCCUGCAGUGUGACCACCACCUGUGGCGUUUAGGACCACGAACCCUCCCCACAGGGAUUCAGAUGGAUGGGGGUAGUGACUGGGUGGGGCUUCCUCGUCAGUUCUGCGAGUAUGUCACAACCUCAGAAGAUAAACUCUUAAAAGGACUGAAGAAGCUGUACAAGUACACAUUACUGCCUGUGGAGUCUUUUUUCCACACAUUGCUCCAUAAUAGCCACUACUGUGAUAAAUGGAUGGAAAACAACCUUCAUGUCACAAACUGGGACAGGAAAAGGGGAUGUAAAUGUCAACACAAGAAUGUCGUAGACUGGUGUGGAUGUUCCCCCAAUGACUUCCUCUCCAAAGACCUGGACAGAAUUCUGAGUAUUGAAUCAAAGCCAGUGUUUUUUGGCAGAAAAUUUGAGCCAGUAGUAAACCAAGAUAUUAUCAACAGUAUGGAUGUUUACUUGUUUGGAAAUGAGAUGAAAGAUGUAACAGCCCUGACUAACUAUUGGCAGAAUGAGUACCACUAUCUAGACUCCAGCACUAGGGUAGAUGACACUUACCUGAGUUUUUACCUGUCCUUUAUGAGAUUGACAGCUGCUCUUCUGAUGGCAGACACAGCGACACAGUGUCAGGUGGUGCCAGAGAAACUGCUUCAGGUCCACGUAUUCCAGAGGAGUGAUAGGAACCAGGGACUUCUAGUGAUGUUUGAGGCCAUCACAAGGGGUGGAGCCAAAGUGGUUCUUGAGAGUCAUGUGAUGAUGAGGCAGCAUUAUACAGUGAUAGACCCACCAGGGCCUGCUGGCAGGCUCAUUAAUGUCGAGGUUGGCACAGAUUAUGACUUAAAAGAGUCCAUAUUCAGGAACUAUGGCUUGUUCCUAGGUCCAUACAGUGACUUAGUUUUAAAACAUACCUGGGGACCAGGUGAACCAUUAACAGUAUCUAUUGCAUGGAUUGACCCUGCCAAGGUCAUAGCUGCUUCCUACGAUGUCAACAUCACAGGUGAAGGUCAAAUUCGACCAUUCAAACCUUUGCUAAAACAGCCAUUACGACCAGGAGUGUGGACUAGCAAACUCAUGUACAGAUGGCAAGUCUUUGCGGAGGUAAAAUUCCUUGUUCUUCCUUUAACUGUGUUUAAGGGUAAGACUCUGGACCCUAGCAGAGCAGCCUUACAUCACAAUGGACCAAUCGGUUUUUAUGCAAAGCAAGAUUUUUCAGAGUUUGAGGAAGUUUUGAAAGUGACUAACAUAGGAGAAGCUCGAGCAGCUGCUGAUGAGAAUGGCCAGAAACAUGGACAUGUGUUGGAGGAAUGGACAGAUGGACUGUGUGAAGAGUUCUGGAGUGUACAGGAAGUGUGUCAGAUAGGGGAGAUAACUGAAGAGUGUUCUUCCAUUAAAAAGUGUCAAGAGACAUCUUGGAGUUCUCUUUCACCAGAUCCUAAGUCGACCAUUACAGGAGUAAGUCCUGAUACUGGUCUUAUACGAUAGCUAAGUCAACCAUUGCAAGAGGCCAGAGACUGGUCUUAUAUAACAACUAAGUCUACCAUUACAGAGGCCAGAGACUAGUCUUACACAAUAGCUUGACAUCCUUAAUCAACAAUUGCAGCAACUUAAUAUUUCGUCUCAAAGUUCACUUAUGCCAGCAAUCAAAUUCAUUUACAUUGUUUUGUCAUUUACUGAAAUAAUUGAUUUUGACACUCUUUUACUAA